CUCAUAUAAAUAGCUUCUCUUUCAAAUUAUUGCAGUAUAUUAAAGUAAAACACAACGCCAGUAACUAACCAAAAUAGCAACAAAAUGUCGCUUGUGCCAAUUUUAAUGCAUUUAGCCCGCGAUUUGGAUGCCGAGCAUCGUCGCGUCGAUAGCUUGGAUCGCCUUUUGGAUGAUGACUUUGGAUUUGGAAUAAAUCCUGUGGACAUUUUCCGCCGUCCCCUUUGGUGUGGUCAGCAACGUUCGUUGUACUCGCCGUACAUGUUAAGCAGACGUCAGCACAGUGAUAAAAAUGAAUCGAGUCUCAUCCCAACUGUGGGUAAAGAUGGUUUCCAAGUUUGUAUGGAUGUUUCUCAAUUUAAGCCCAGCGAAUUAACGGUAAAGACUGUGGACAAUGUUGUCAUUGUUGAAGGCAAACACGAGGAGCGGGAAGAUGAACAUGGCAUGAUACAGCGCCACUUUAUUCGCAAAUACACCCUUCCUAAAGACUAUGAUCCAAAUGAGGUUCAUUCAACCAUCUCCUCGGACGGUGUACUAACCGUGAAGGCUGCACCCCCGCCAAGCAAAUCCAUCCAAAAUGAACGCGUGGUUCAAAUUCAACAAACCGGCCCUGCUCACUUGAAUGUCAAGCCACCAGAGAUGACUGCCCAGUCCCUUAAACAAGCUCAGAAUGGUGCUCAUACUGAUAAAACCCAGCAAACAACUGCCAAAUAAAUUGUAUUUUUGUUUUAAAUUUAGUUGUAUAAUUAUUUAUUAACUUCAUUCCGUAGUUUGAAGAAAACGAAACUUUUUAUACUGAAUAAAAUUCGCACUUUUACAUAAA